AAUGAUGACCCGAAGUUUAGUAAAAAUGACUCAAAAUUAGUAAAAUCGUUUAUCAAUCGGCGCAAAGUUACACGAAGCGUUCAAAUAUCGACUUGCAGUUCUACUUUCGAUUACUUUGGAUAAUACCCAAAGAUAAGCAUAUCGGGAUUAUAGUAUUGACUUGCCAAAGUAUUCGAGGACUAACACUUCAACAACUAAAAACUGGAUUGGUUCUUGUUUCUAUUGAGUACGUAGUAUGUCAUUGUUGGUUUUAUCAUCUAAUCUGUAAAACAUGUAAAUGCUAAGAGUUUGGAAAUUUUGGUGAUAUCCAUAAAUUUCAUAAUAAUUGGUUUCGAUAAUUCAUUAUUUGUUAUUUGUUAGGCCGACCCUGAAAAUAGAAAUAAAUAUCAUUAAGUCACCAAAUCAAGCAAACAUCACUGUAUCCAAGUAGUAGCAAAGUAGAUUGGGACAGUGGGGAGAGUUCAUCGGUUAAACUUGAUAUCAACAGACAAUUGACAUUGAAAUUCAAACAAACAACACUUUCAUCAGCGCACAACGAAGGGAACGCGUAAAGUGCGUACCUACUUCAAAAGUAUUAUCAAGAAAGUUGUUUCUCCAAGUUGAAUCAGUGCAUUGAAUAGUCGUCUAAAAUGGAUAUAAAAACUGUUUUAGUAGCAGAUGCAGUAGAUGCUGCUUGCGUUGAACUUUUAAAAAAAUACUCAAUACAAGUUGUUUGUAAAUAUAAGUUGCCCAAAGAACAAUUGAUAGCCGAAAUCGCAACGUAUGAUGCUCUUAUUGUCCGAUCAGAUACUAAAGUAACUGCAGAAGUUAUACAAGCAGGUAAAAACUUAAAGGUGAUUGGACGUGCAGGAGCCGGCGUAGACAAUAUUGAUAUUCCCGCUGCUACAGCUAAAAAUAUUAUUGUUCUUAACACACCUGGUGGCAAUGCCAUUAGUGCUUGCGAGCUCACGUGUUCCUUAAUUACAACACUGGCAAGAAAUGUAGUUCCUGCAGCUGCAUCUCUAAAAGCUGGUAGAUGGGACAGAAAACUAUAUUCGGGACAUGAACUCUAUGGUAAAACUUUGGGAAUUUUGGGACUGGGAAGAAUUGGAAAAGAAGUCGCCAUUAGAAUGCAAGCUUGGGGAAUGACGACAAUAGGGUACGAUCCCAUUGUACCAGCAUCAGAAGCCAAGAAAUUUAAUGUGGAGGCUUUGGAACUGGAGCAAAUUUGGCCUCGAGUAGAUUAUAUUACAGUUCACACUCCUCUUAUACCAGAAACUAGAAAUUUAAUUUGUGAAGCAGUACUCAACAAAUGUAAGAAAGGAGUAAAGAUCGUUAACGUAGCAAGAGGAGGUAUCAUUAAUGAAUCAGAUCUUCUAAAGGCCCUAAAAUCAGGACAGUGUGGAGGAGCGGCUUUAGAUGUAUUUGAACAAGAACCUCCUAAAGAUCCAGUCACUUUAGACUUGAUCCAACACGAAAAAGUUGUAGCUACUCCUCACUUGGGUGCUAGCACUGAUGAAGCUCAAGUUAGAGUAGCCGUAGAAAUUUCAGAACAAAUAAUUGCAUUAACCGGAAGAAGUAAAGAAUAUACAUCUACACCAGGAGUGGUAAAUAGAAGCGUUCUGGUAAAUUUGUCAAAGUGAUUUUGAAUAUCAUAUGUACAGUACGUAAACCAUCCACUCUGUAUGCAUAUUUUUUUCUUUACUUUGUUAACAUUUAAAAUAAACAUACGUUUUUUUUUGGAAAAUUA